AUGCUCUCUUCUCAGAUGUAUGUCAACACCUCCUUCUACCAGCCACCUGCUUUCAUGAUGAUUGGCAUCCCAGGACUGGAGGCCAUCCAUAGAUGGAUCUCCAUUCCUUUCUCCUCCAUGUACACUGUGGCCCUCACUGGAAACUGCCUGAUCCUACUGGCUGUGAGGAGGACCCCCAGCCUGCAUCAGCCCAUGUACUACUUCCUGUCCAUGCUGGCUCUCACUGAUGUGGGUCUCACCUUGUCUACACUGCCCACCACUUUGGCUGUGCUCUGGUUUGACCAUCGUCUCAUUGGCUUCGAUGCCUGCCUGGUCCAGAUGUUCUUCCUACACUGUUUCUCUGUGGUGGAGUCCUCAGUGCUCCUGGCCAUGUCCUUCGAUCGCUUUGUGGCCAUCUCCAACCCCUUACGCUAUGCAACUGUCCUUACAGAUAAUGUCAUCAUCAGGAUUGGGAUGGCCAUUGUGGCUCGUGCUACUCUAUCCCUUUUCCCAGUGCCAUUUUUAAUUAAACGUCUGAACUUCUGCCCAGGCAAGAUCCUCCUAUCCCACUCCUUCUGUUUCCACCCUGAUGUGAUGAGGCAAGCCUGUGCUGACAUAACCAUAAACAUUCUUUAUGGACUCUAUGUGGUACUUUCCACAGGAGGCAUAGACUCCCUGCUUAUUGUCCUGUCCUAUACCCUCAUCCUAUACACAGUCUUGGGGCUGGCCUCUCCUAAGGAGAGAUUGCGGGCUCUCAAUACCUGUGUCUCCCACAUCCUGGCUGUGUUUGUCUUCUUCAUCCCAGUCAUUACCAUGUCUAUGAUUCAUCGCUUUGGAAGACAUCUCUCCCCCAUUGUACACACCCUGGUUGCCUAUGUGUACCUGGUGGUGCCUCCUGUGCUCAACCCUAUCAUUUACAGUGUCAAAUCCAAGCCCAUCAGGGAUGCCAUGCUUAGGGUGCUGAGAGGGAAAAGCCAGAGCUGA